UGGAUUGGCUCUCUUUAUAUCGCAUAUCAUCAUCAGCAGACCUGGACUGAGACACGUCAUAACAUUUUGCUUUUGUUUCUGACAGCCUGACUUCAAUUAUGGCCACGGAAGGCAAUCAGGUUCCCCUGCGUCAGAAGCCGAGGAAGAAAACUCAAGGAUUUUUCACCAUGAGUCGGAGGAGGAUAUCCUGCAAAGAUCUGGGCCAUGCUGACUGCCAGGGUUGGCUGUACAAGAAAAAGGAAAAGGGGACUUUCCUAAGCACCAAGUGGAAAAAGUUCUGGGUGGUGCUGAAGGGGUCAUCGCUGUACUGGUACAGCAAUCAAAUGGCAGAGAAAGCUGAUGGAUUUGUCAACCUGCCAGAUUUCACAGUGGAAAGAGCCUCUGAAUGCAAGAAAAAACAUGCAUUUAAGAUCAACCACCCACAGAUCAAAGCCUUCUACUUUGCAGCAGAGAAUUUGCAGGAAAUGAAUGUGUGGCUAAACAAACUUGGGUUUGCAGUCAUCCAUCAGGAAUCCACUACAAAGGAUGAAGAAUGUUACAGUGAGAGUGAGCAGGAAGAUCCUGAAAUAGCUGUGGAGACGCCACCCCCUCCGUACGCUUCUGCCACUUCCUCUCCUGUGGGACGUGUAGAUGCUGCACGGCGGGCGUCUUCCUCUUCACCCCGACUGAGAGAUUCAUCAUGCUCUUUCUCCUCUCUGGAAAAUACCGUAAAGGCACCCAGCCGGGCUUCUUCCUCGGGAUCUAAAGAAAGACAGUCCUGGCUCGACAUGGUGAACAGCACGCCUGCUGCUGAAGAGGUGGGGCAGCCCCUGACAUUUACUGUACAGGUCCACACCCCUGCAUCCUCAGAGGCAAGCAAUUGCCGGGCCCCAGAAAACAGCUCCGUCAUUUCGGAAAGCGGGUUUUUGAACUCUCUAUCUAGCGAUGACACCUCUUCGCUGAGCAGCAAUCAAGACCAUCUAACGGUUCCAUCCGACAGAGCCGCCGGAUCAAGGAUGAUGGACAGAGAAGAAAUAAAAGUAUCUGAGGAUGAUGAGAUGGAGAAACUCUACAAAUCAUUGGAGCAAGCUAGUCUGUCUCCUCUCGGGGACCGGCGACCUUCAACCAAGAAGGAGCUGAGAAAGUCUUUUGUGAAGCGGUGCAAGAACCCAUCCAUAAAUGAGAAGCUUCACAAGAUCAGAACCCUGAACAGCACGUUAAAGUGCAAAGAACACGAUCUGGCCAUGAUCAACCAACUGCUGGAUGAUCCAAAGCUGACUGCCAGUAAGUACAGAGAGUGGAAGGUCAUGAACACCCUGCUGAUCCAGGACAUCUAUCAUCAGCAGCAAGAACCUCAGGACCCUGAAGUCACCCCCCAGGAACUCAAGAACCCUGGCUCUUCUGACUGUGUUGAAAAUUCUCUUUGAGCAGAAGCCAGGAUUGCCUCCUUCCUUGUUACUGUGACAUUCUACAAGACGCUGCCAGGGCAUACAUUUUGCUUACAAGGAAACCCCAAACUCAGUUCCUAAGGCAUCAUGCCUCCUUCAUAAGGAUGCAACCAAGGUGAAGCCAGUUCAGAUGCAGUGGGAGUCCUGGCUUCCAUGUGUUGCAUUCAUCAAUAUUGAAGUUAUGGAGUUCAUCUGAGCAGGCAUAUUUUCUGUGCUCCUGUUGCGAGCUGGUAAGCGUGCUAGGCUCUAGGUGAGAUGUAAAAGGGGUAACCUCCUCCUUUGCUUUCAAGAGAAUUACAACCUACCAUAGACAAAAGGUCCAAUUUUACUAGGGAUAAUAAUUCAUAGGAAUGUUCCAUUUUUCAAAAGAAACAUGUAGAAUCCCCUUUGGUGGGCAGUAGAGUUCUGCAAAACAUUUCAAGUGGAGGAUUUCUUCCGCAGUAGCUACUGGAACUAGACAUGGGUUAGUAUUUGUGGAAUACAAGGCUCUUCUUACCUUUGGUAUAGAGAGCAGUGCCUUUUUGACGUGUUGAGUGCUUAUUUGGCUUGGUGAGAUGGAGAGUCGGGGAGCCCAGGGAGGAGGCAUGCGUUCCAUUCCACUCAGAGGACAACUUCAUAUGUUCAUGAUCUGCCUAGGGUGGGGGAUCUGAUUAAGGUGGCCCUUCCUCACAAUGUCAAGGAGACAGAUGGUCACGCGACAGUUGGGGUUCUUUGUCCUCCACCCCCAGCUUCUCUGAACAGUGGUAGGAGAUAGUAAUACCCAUUGCAAGGAAUGUCAGACUGUGUUCAUCCCUGGCUGUGGUGCCUAAGCCCAGUAUGAAUUUAUGUCCAGUUUUCCUGGGAUCCAAAUUCUCAAGGUUAUUAUUUCUGAAUUGUUCUGAACUUGGAAAAGAACCUAGACCAACAAAACAACAAAACAGCUAAACAGGAUUGUUUUAUUUUUGUAUGUUUAUGUGUCAUAUAGUGUGAGAUGUGAAUAGCUGUCUAUGUUUCUUAUUUAAAUAUAUUUAUAGAAGUGCAAAUUAUAGUGUUUUAAAAGAGUGUACUAUUAUGUGUUGUUCAAUAUAUAUAUAUUCUAGAGGUCUAUCAUUUUUGCUUGAGAAAAAUAGGUAUACUAGUGACUUACUGAAGAUGUGUUGCACUAUGAUAGAUGAGGAAUGCUCAGGAAAUCUCAUGAGAAAACUAAGGGAGCAUGUAUCGAUAAUUAUCCAUUUUCUGAAUGCCUUCUUUCUAUUAUUGCACCUCCACCUCCAGCUCCAGAGCUCUUAAAUUUCAAUGCCAUUUUCUUAACUUACACAUUAGGCUAGCUCUUCUACUCAGAAAGUUUAAGGUUGAUUACAUUUAUGGCAUAAAUUAUAGACACAAAGGAACACAUCUCAUGAAAUCUUGGGCCAAAUGAAAUAUAAGCAAUAUAAUUCCCAAAUAAUAUUAAUAGAAAUUAAGAUUUGUCGUUAAAGAGAUCUCAUAGAGGGGUUGGGGAUUUAGCUCAGUGGUAGAGUGCUUGCCUAGCAAGCACAAAGCCAUGGGUUCAGUCCUCAGCUUGAGAAAGAGAGAGAGAGAGAGAGAGAGAGAGAGAGAGAGAGAGAGAGAGAGAGAGAGAGAGUUCAUAGAGAAACAAUAUAUCCAUCCCAGUGACAUCUUCUCAUCAUAAAAAUAACCAUAACUUGAGUCCAGUCCCUUUUCCAGGAUAUAAAGUAAAUAAAUAAAUUAUAAAAACCCCAUAAUUCACUAAGAAUCCAUGUGCAUCUCACCUGCCUUUUGUAAAUUGUUGACAUACAUAUUCAUAUCAUAACAUCAAAUACAGCUUGACAAAUUCAAAUAGAAGUAGCCACUGGGUCUAUAUCUACAAACUAGAUGUAAAGAAUUGUUAUAUAUUUCCCUGUACUUUACCAAGACUUUUUGUACACCCAAAUGAAAAAAAAAAUCCUUGCCUCAAGAAACAAAGAGGAAUGAGAAGAUUCACCAAGUUGAGAGAUGAGCUGGGAAAGGACACGCUGGGUCCUCUAUCUGGAUACCAUGCAGUUCAGGAGGCUAAUGCCUCAACCUCAGAACAUUACUAUUGAUUCUUCCUGUGGCUAGCAGCUGUCGGGAGGGUGAUGCUCUCGGAUUUACAGUGCAAGAAAACAUCGAAGGAAGGCGAAUUAAUAAUGGAGAAAAUCUUAGCUUGGGAAGAAUAUUCAUCCAUGUCUUUUACUUGCAACAUCUGUCUACACAUGUCCAUCACCCCCUACACCAAGUUGAAGCUCCAAAUACUUUUUAUCAGGGAUGUUUGCUAUAUUUAAAUGUUUUACUUUGGCUUCUCAUCAAUAUAUGUUUAACUGACUUUUGAAUGUAAAUUCCUUUAGUAACAUUCAGAUCUCAAGGCAAAAUUAGUCCAUGAAGUUCCUUGACCAAUCCAUAGGGUUAUUUUUCCAAGUAACUUCCAGAAAGCCAGAGUAGAAAUUUCUGUUUUGGUAGUUAAAACCAACCUGCAGAACAUUCCUAAGUCAGUCUCAGGAGUGUCCUGGCCUCCUGGCCAUGAAACGUCCUGUUUCCAAUUUUGUAAAUAAAAUUUUCUCUCUGUGCUAGGUUUAGUUAGGAAGUAGGGGGUCAAUGCUUCUGCAGAUUCUUAGCCUCAGCUGGGGUCAUAAGAGGAGGGUGGUGAGGGAGUGAGCAGAAGAGUCGUGACACUUCUACACACACACACACACACACACACAUACACACACACACACACACACACACACACACACACACACACACACACACAUACACACACACACACACACACACACACACAGAGUGCAGGAGAAAUCAUGAUGAGCUCUUCUCUGGCCUCCAGUCUCUUCUCUGGUUCAGCAGAUUUGGGAAAAGUAGAAUUCCUCCAGUUCAUUGCUGGGAAUUGGAUUAUAUAUAGGUAGUUAGUGGGACCCCAGGGGAGACUGUUGACCUGUGUCUGAGGCAUGUUCCAAAACCAUGGCUGCUCAGGACACCAUUGCUGGAUCUUUGAGCACAAGCCUUUCCAAACCUGUGGCACUGGUUAAGGGUUAGGUUUCUCUAGGGACUUUUUUUUUCUCUUGGCGCUGGGAGAAGCACUUUUCUCUGUCUUUGUCUGAAGACCCAGGCAAGAGCCCGGUGGGAGACCCUCACUAGUUGAGAGGUGGUUAACACACAUGGAUCCCACAUUCUUCCAGCCUUUGGAGGAUGUCUGUUGUUGAACAUACUUCUUAGUUUUGCCAGUAGCUUUAAUCUGAGACUAGAAUCAGAGUCCCAGAAAGACCCUGGGGCAAACAAUUGCUAGGAUUCCAACAGGUGGAGAAAGAGGUCAGGUUUGGAGUCAGAUUUCAGUGUGAAUCCAUGCCUUAUAUUUUACACAGCACUUUGGAGUUUGCAGAUUGUAUGUUCCAGAUCCCCUUCCCCACAUCCUCCCAUCCUGUAGGCUGAUCAGGAAGACUGAGAACUAUGGCUAGAGUGGAAAUGCCUGGCUCAAAGCCUCAAAUGCUAGAGACAGAAUCGGAGUUUGAAUUUCGGCUCUGUCAGUCAAAAUGUCUUCCUCUAUUGAGGAAAUCAUUGUCAGAGCACAGCCUGCUGGGGAACAGGAGGUCUGAGUGGCUCCAGUGCCCAUCAUAUCUGGCCGCGGCACACCUGGCCGGGGCACACCUGGCUGGGCACACCUGGAUGAGAUGGCUUUGGCUGAAUCUCCAGGGACUCUGCUGAGAGUACUCCCUCCCUAAAUAAAGGUCUUGUUGCCUUGCCUCUGGGUUCUCCAAGGACUGGGGCUUGUCCUGAUUGUUGUACUUCACUUUUUUGAGAAAAGACACUAGUUGAUAGCACUGUGAGAAUGUUAGGGCUGGAGGAAAUAGGAAUCUUUAAAGAGAUGGAAAGUGUUUAUUUCCUUAUUUUUUUUCCCUUUUGAGUCCUGUCCUGUCAGAUAUCACAGAGUCAGUGAUGAGGACUAGGUCCCCUUAUCUCAGUUCUCAGUUUCUUCUCAUGUAGUUAUAAUGAUGCUUAUUUCCUCAGGGAAAUGUCAGAUCAUAUUGUCAUAGAGAUGAAACAAAUUAAAAGGAAAAUAUUUUUUAAGUCUUUUGAGGAGAGGCAUGCUAUCAAUGAAAGCCAUAUUUAAUUUUAUGGACACAGACACGUCUUUGUAAAAAAAAAAGACAAUAUUGUGAUAUAGCAAUACAAAUAAUGUAGGUACAGAGGGCGACUGUCCAAAUGUCACAUUUGGUUGAAUUGCUGCUGUGUCCAAAUGCAGUUUUAGAAUGUGCUUCUGUUUCCGGCUAACAGAAUGGCCUAUAUGAAGGAGAUUUCCAAUUUAUUUCCCUUCAAACACUUUUGUAUACUCACUCACAAGAGAAAUUCAGUCCUAGAUGUAGGGUUGACUGUCUGCUUAAGGUUUUGCCACACAUAAUGGUCAAAGCCCCUUAUACUAGAUUCCCCCCCCCUCAGUCUCUGUGAAAUGGAUGGGGAGGGGAUGUUCCGUUCACAGGAAGCCAAGUGUCUCUGCCACACCAUGCCACGUGGAGCACAUUCAAAUGGCUUCUGCCUUUAAAAGGAAUGUUGUCCGUAUCUCCUGUUGUAAAGAAACUUAAUUGCUCUGUGCUGGUGUCUUUUUAGCUUUAGUCCAAAGGGAAGCAUGCCCCGUGGAGACAUUUAACAUCCUGUAAUAAAAACACAUGGUUUAAGUCACCACAUGUUCUGAUAUUUGCAUGGUGGGGUUGGGGUUCAACAGUGCAUGGUACUGGGUCAAGAUGUUCAUGUGGGGUUCUACCUUAACGGUCAUUGUGCUUUUGGUCUUUGUCAUCUAUCUGUUUUGACUAAACUGAAAACACAGGCAUGCCUCAUUUCUCCUGUCCCCGAUCCCCAAGGUAACCUGUAAGAUAACGAUACACGCAAACUGUCUAGUAAAACGGUAUGGAAAAAACAA